CGAGCAGAGACGCGUGCUGAUGUUUUUUUCUGUUUCUCCAGGAGUCUGUUUAUCUUUAACUUGUUUAGUUUAAUCAUAUGAUAAGUAUAUAUGGUAUAACAUAAUAUAUAACCUACUCAUAACUGUAGAACUACAUGAGCGGAGUGUGGAGUCCGUCGCUGUUUAACCCUGACUAACUGACACAGGGGUGUCAACAUUAUCCUGACUCAUUCAUUAUUCAUCUACAGACAAUGAGGAUCUCUCAGACUUUACGUAGUGCUGCCAGGUUCAGGACUGUGUUUGAUUUCGGAGAGAGAGAAGUGGCACACUGGUUUCCUGGGCAUAUGGCUAAAGGACUCAAGCAGAUGAGAGCCAGCCUGAGGAAAGUUGACUGCAUUAUAGAAAUCCACGAUGCCAGAAUACCAUUUUCUGGACGAAAUCCUUUGUUUCAAGAGAGCCUCGAUAUUCGGCCGCAUUUACUUAUACUAAAUAAGAUGGACCUGGCUGACACGUCAAACAAAUCGAAUAUCCUGAAACAGCUUGAGAGAGAUGGAGUUAAGAAUGUCUUGUUCACAGACUGUUUAAAGCAAAGGGACGCAAGUAUUAAAAAGAUAGUUCCUGUUGUAACAGACCUCAUUGAGAACUCGCCUCGUUUUCACAGAGAGGAGAACAGAAGUUACUGCAUAAUGGUGAUUGGAGUGCCAAAUGUUGGGAAAUCUUCAUUGAUUAAUGCUUUAAGAAGAACAAACCUGAAAAAAGGCAAAGCCUCAAGGGUUGGAGGUGAACCUGGAAUUACCAAAGCUGUCCUGACACAAAUCCAGGUGUGCGAAAGACCAGUCAUACAUUUGCUUGAUACACCGGGAGUGCUGUCCCCUAAGAUCGAGAAUGUUGAGACCGGGAUGAAACUCGCUUUAUGUGGCACUAUACUGGACCACUUGGUUGGUGAAGACAUUAUAGCUGAUUAUCUGCUUUUUUCACUCAACAGACUCGAGCGGUUUGGCUAUGUGGAAAGGUAUGAUCUAGACACACCAUCUGAUGAUAUUCAGCACGUGCUGAAGUGCAUUGCUGUUAAAUUAGGCAAGACUCAGAGAGUGAAAGCCAUAACAGGAGUAGGUGACAUUACCGUCAGAAUGCCUAACUACACUGCCGCAGCUUAUGACUUCAUCAGAGCUUUCCGUAAAGGAGAGCUGGGCAAAGUCAUUCUUGAUUAACAAAACACAAAGAUGUUGCUUAUAUUGAUGAGAGAUUCAUGAUAUUCAUGGAAAUGGAAAAUAUGCUAAUCCUGUAUUUAUAUAUUGAAUAGAUUCUAUUGCACAAAGAUGCUUUGGUGGAGUUUCUUACAGUUUCUGAUGUAAAACAAAUAAAAUACUGUGUGCAAACAAAAUACUCUAUAUACUUACAUAAAAACUGAGUUUUCUACGUAAUAUUAAAACAGCACCUUUAAAUAA